UCCUAAGCUGCAAUGAGGCAUGGCACUAUGACACAGUAACUGUAACAAUAUAAGGAAGUGCACAGCUUUCUUACAUGCAUUUAAUAGUAGAGGUUGUUGCAUUGUAGCUCAAACAGAAUAUAUACCAGUUUGGAGAUGUCUCUUCUAAAGUUUUCAGCAGUGUUGUGUCUAAUGCACUUUAUUCAGUGCAGUACAGCCCAACCAAAUGUGGAGUUUCCAACUCUCGUGCAUCGUGUGCAAGAGGACAGUCGUAUUCUGAAUGUAGAGCUCACUAAGAAUGGAGAAAAUGAAGAGGAGGUGGUGGUGCUCGUGACUCCACUCACCUUCAAUGAGUACUAUGUUCUACGCAAAGGCCUUCUACCACCACAGUUUGACAGUGUGGACUUGCCAGACCCAGCUGAGUAUGACGUAAAUGGAAAACAAGACUUCAUUCGCAAUGGACCUAUCAAAUAUGUCUUUGACCCCAGCUCAGAGACAGAAACAGGAAGUAUUGAGAUCUUAUUCAACGAUGACUCCAUAAACGAGGCUGAUGAAGGAUUUCUGUUGCUCAUUGAGGUCGAGAAAACAGACCAAAAUGUUGCAAUUCUUAGAGGGGGCCUCACUCUUGUGAUCCUUGUUGACGAAGAUCCUCUUCGAUUGGGUUUUGAGCAGCCACAGUAUGAAGUACUAGAGGAGAAUCGCGUUGUCAACGAUUUAAUCUACAUCACCAAAAAUGGGAUGGAAUCCGAACAGACUCUGCGAUUCCUGGUGGAAAAUUCGCAAGGUUCUGCAGUUAGAGGAGAGGACUACAACGUUCUUGCUAGAACAGAAGUCAACUUCCCUCCAGACGAAGAGAGAAUGGCGUUCAGUUUACAGCUGUUGGAUGACCAGUUGCCAGAGGAGACGGAGAGUUUCCAGCUACUGCUAGUGACCGAGGAUGAUCAAUCAAACAUUUCCUUCAGUCUAACAACAACCACUGUGAAUAUUGUAGACAAUGAUGUUAUGACAGUUGGCUUUGAACAAGCGUUGUACACUGUGAGUGAAGAAGACAAAGAGGUUGAAGUGUGCGUUGCCAUCUCUUCUCCAGCAAACAUUGACUUGACUGUCAUAGCUACUCUCUCAACCAGUGACGAUACUGCAGAAGAUGGUGUCGACUACGCUCAUAUCAAAGAGUUUGUUAGCCUUCCCUCCUACGAUGAAAAGACAAGAAUCUGCUAUCAGAUCCCCAUCCUAAACAAUGAAGAUGUUGAGCAGAACGAGGAGUUCACGGUGAUACUGACACCUGGGGUUUCAACCCCACCAAAUGUACGGUUCCAACCAGGACAGGUGCAAGUCAGAAUAGUGGAUGACGAAAUAGUGAAUGAGUGUCGACUGGGAUUGCACAACUGUCAUGAGAAGGCUCGCUGCGUAGACACUUACCAGAGCUUUAAAUGUAUUUGCAAGAAUGGUUAUUCUGGCAAUGGUGUUGAGUGCAAUGACAUUGACGAGUGUUUGGACAGCAGUACUCAUUACUGCCAUGACGAUGCCAUUUGUACCAACUUUAAGGGAGGCUUUCGUUGCUCUUGCCCCCAGGGCUACAGUGGCAAUGGAAUUAUCUGCAUCCAAAACACACCUCGCCAUGAAUGUCUUCAAGACAGUGACUGUGAUAGACAAGCGAGCUGUAUGGGAAAACCACAGGGGAACAAGUGUGUGUGCAGGUCAGGUUACUCUGGCAACGGGAAAGCUUGCACUGAGAUCAAUGAGUGCACCAGUGAUACACACAGCUGCCCCCCUGAGGCGUCUUGUAUCAACACACAAGGAUCAUACUUUUGCAAGUGCAAACCAGGCUACAAGUCGACUGGCAGGCACUCAUGUAGAGACUACGAUGAGUGUGCGUCAUUGCAUCACAAUUGUGACCGACAUGCUCAGUGUACGAAUACAGUAGGCAGUUUCACUUGCACCUGUAGCCCUGAAUACACCGGAGAUGGGACAAGGGGAAAUUGCAACAGAGAAAGCUCCAAGCCUCGUCCUGGUCAUGGAUAAAUUACUCAAUAAUGAAUAACUCAACAACUAAUAACUCAACAAAUACUUACGUUAACUGUUUCUUACAAAACAAGAGUAGUAAAUUUGUCAUUGCUCUCUUCAAUUUAUGCUGUUGUUUGUUUAUACAAUAUUUUUGCUUGCAUAUACAAAAUCCGAAAAUCAAUAUAAAGGCUAAA